AUGGGGCCCCCUAAUGGGCUUCUCGCGUCCCUCCUCCUCCGCCUCCUCCUCCUGCUUCAGGCGCAGCUUUGCUGGCUGCCUUGCGUGGCCUCCAAGCCGUGCAGGGCGGGCUUCGGGGAAGCCGAAGUGACUUUGGAGUCGCGAGGCGCGGAGAUGGAGCCUGGCCAGGCGCCGAGGGGAGUGAUUUUUGUCGACUGCCCUGGGCAAGAGUCAGCCCUGCUUAGCACUGAUGGUGACUUUGCUGUGCUGAAUGCUAGAACAGUCCAGGAGAGGAAAGCAUCAAAGAUCUUCCCAUCCAACCAUAUCUUGCGAAGACGCAAGAGAGAAUGGGUGGUUCCACCGAUAUCUGUCCCUGAAAACGGCAAGGGUCCCUUCCCCCAGAAGCUGAAUCAGCUCAAAUCUAAUAAGGACAGAGGCACCAAGAUUUUCUACAGCAUCACAGGGCCUGGAGCAGACAGUCCCCCCGAGGGUGUCUUCACCAUAGAGAAGGAAACAGGCUGGUUGUUGUUAAAUAAGCCACUGGACCGGGAGAAGAUUGCAAAGUAUGAGCUCUUUGGCCACGCUGUAUCAGAGAACGGUGCCUCGGUGGAAGACCCCAUGAACAUCUCCAUCAUUGUAACCGACCAGAACGACCACAAGCCCAAGUUCACCCAGGAUGUUUUCAGAGGGAGCGUUUUGGAAGGGGUACUACCCGGCACUUCUGUGAUGCAGGUGACAGCCACAGAUGAGGACGAUGCCAUCAACACCUACAAUGGGGUGGUUGCUUACUCCAUCCAUAGCCAAGAGCCAAAGGACCCGCAUGACCUCAUGUUCACUGUCCACCGGAGCACGGGUACCAUUAGUGUCAUCUCCAGUGGCCUGGACCGUGAGAGAGUCCCUGAGUACACACUGACCAUCCAGGCAACAGACAUGGAUGGCGAUGGUUCUACCACCACAGCAGUGGCCAUAGUGGAAAUCCUCGAUGCCAAUGACAAUGCUCCUGUGUUUGACCCUCAGAAGUACGAGGCCCAAGUGCCAGAGAACGCGGUGGGCCAUGAGGUGCAGAGGCUGAUGGUGACUGAUUUGGAUGCCCCCAGCUCACCGGCAUGGCAUGCCACCUACCGCAUUUUGGAAGGUGACGAUGGGGAUCAUUUUACCAUCACUACCGACCCCAAGAGCAACCAGGGCAUUCUGACAACCAGGAAGGGCUUGGAUUUCGAGGCCAAAAACCAGCACACACUGUACAUUGAAGUGACCAAUGAGGCUCCCUUUGUGGUGAAGCUCCCAACCUCCACGGCCACCGUCGUGGUCCAUGUGGAGGAUGUGAAUGAGGCACCUGUGUUUGUCCCACCCUCCAAAGUCAUCGAGGUCCAGGAGGGUAUCUCUGUCGGGGAGUCUGUCUGUACCUACACUGCACAGGACCCUGACAGGGGGAAUCAGAAGAUCAGCUACCACAUCCUGAGAGACCCAGCAGGGUGGCUAGCGAUGGACCCAGACAGCGGACAGGUCACUGCCACAGGGGUCUUAGACCGUGAGGAUGAACGGUUUGUGAAAAACAACAUCUACGAAGUCAUGGUCUUGGCCACAGAUGAUGGGAACCCUCCCACCACUGGCACGGGGACCCUCCUGCUAACACUUAUGGACAUCAACGACCAUGGCCCUGUCCCUGAGCCCCGAAAGAUCAUUAUCUGCAACCAAAGCCCUGUGCCCCAAGUGCUGAACAUCACGGACAAGGACCUGUCCCCCCACACCUCCCCCUUCCAGGCCCAGCUCACACAUGACUCGGAUAUCCACUGGACAGCAGAGGUCAAUGAGAAAGGAAACACAGUGUCCUUGUCCCUGAAGAAGUUCCUGAAGCAGGACGCAUAUGAUGUGCACCUUUCUCUGUCUGACCAUGGCAACAAGGAACAGCUGACGGUGAUCAAAGCCACCGUGUGUGACUGCCAUGGCCAUGUGGUGAACUGCCCCGAGCCCUGGAAUGGGGGCUUCCUCCUCCCCGUCCUGGGGGCUGUCCUCGCCCUGUUGCUCCUCCUGCUGGUCCUCCUCUUGUUGGUGAGGAAGAAGAGGAAGGUCAAGGAGCCCCUUCUGCUCCCAGAAGAUGACACCCGUGACAAUGUUUUCUACUAUGGCGAAGAGGGAGGCGGUGAGGAGGACCAGGACUAUGACAUCACCCAACUCCACCGGGGUCUGGAGGCCAGGCCUGAGGUGGUUCUCCGCAAUGACGUGGCGCCAUCCUUUAUCCCCACACCCAUGUACCGUCCACGUCCAGCCAACCCAGAUGAGAUUGGGAACUUCAUCAUCGAGAACCUGAAGGCGGCAAACACGGACCCCACGGCCCCGCCCUACGACUCCCUGCUGGUGUUUGACUACGAGGGCAGCGGCUCUGAUGCUGCGUCCCUGAGCUCCCUCACCUCCUCAGCCUCUGACCAGGACCAAGACUAUGAUUAUCUGAAUGAGUGGGGCAGUCGCUUCAAGAAGCUGGCGGACAUGUAUGGUGGUGGCCAGGAUGACUAGGCCGCCUUCCAGCAGGACCCGGGCUAACGGCUGGCUGCAGUGGCAUCUCCAAGGAGCCUGAGUCCUCCCCUCAACCAAGAACUUGGGAGCUUGUCAAGAAGUGACCUUAGCAACUUGGAGGAGAGAGGCGUCAAGUCUGACAUUAAGGGUUGGUCUCUAAGCCUUUCAGAGUAGAAGGCCAUGGGCAGUUCAAUUUCACCUCUGAAAACCUCGCAGACGGGGCCAGGGCUGCUUUUGAGGACAAAUUUCCAGGACUCUAUAACCUACUGUACAAUGUCUGGCUCUGUCCUGUGACUGGAGAGACUCUGACCAUCCCCUCCGCCCCCCAGUGAUGUUUUCUUUGGAAUGGACCCUUCUCCUUAGAAUGAGGCCUCUUAUUGCAACCUGGAUUUUUUUUUUUUUUUUUAAUACUAUCUUCAAAAAGUUAGAGGCGGGUCCUCAACCGUCCCCUGGAUUCCUCCAGAAGCCCAGACCUCGGCUGCUUGGCUUAUGUGCCCUCAUACGUUUGUCUCUUCUUCAGGCAACCAGGUCUCCUGUUGGAAUGAAUUACUGCGUUUUUAUACUGAGCGCGACUAGGUUGUCCUUUAUUUUUUAUUUUCCCUAUUGAGCGCUGUAGAUAAGGGUGAUGACAAUCGUGUAAA